AUGAACGACUCCCUCCGCCACUGUCAAAUGAAUCACGAGCGGAACCACGUCCUUGAUUUGCCAGUUGACAUCCAACUCAACGUGUUGAGACAUCUGCCCAGUAUCUAUGCUGUCAGAGACUUUCUCAAAGCUUUCCCAGAAAUAUACCCUGUUUUCAAGCCAUAUACACGAUCUAUUUUGAAUGCCGUCUUCUGGAGGCCCGUAUCUUUUGUGGAUGAUGACCGUGGUGUCAUUUACAGAUGGAUCUUGAGAGAGCUGCAGUUGGAGCGUGUAUUUGAAGGAAAGCAGCCGCAACACACUAUCAGUGUACCGGCCAAAGCAUCUCGUCUCAACCCUGUCAUCUGCAAUGAAAGAGAUGUGGAUUAA